UCUCGUCCACGCAUCAAGUUCAAUUCGGCAGCCGAUCGAGCCGGCCAUCAUCAGCGGCGAGGUACACGAACUCACAGAGGACCUUGCGAUAUGGAACGAGAACGACGAGCCGCCGCCGACGCGGUUCUCCUCCGCGCGGGGCUGGUCGCCUUAACCCUCACGUCCGCCGUGUCCGCCUACAGAGCCGCGGCCGCGGGGGACGCCGGCUCGACGGCGUUCGUGGCCGCCAGCUACAGCACGCUGCUGCUGCUCUUCCGCCGCCUCCGGGCGUACGAGCGCCUGCCGCCGCCUGCAGGGGACGCCGACGCCGACGACGAGCGAAGAGCGCGGUUGAGACUCGAGGUCUGGGCGCUGUGCACGCUCCUCACCGUGAUGUUUGCGUGGAAAGUGGCCGCGGCGAUGCCGUCCUGGCCCGUCGCCGCCGCCGUGUGGGCCAUGGCCGCCCUCACCACCGCCGGCGGCUGCGUUGCCUUGUUCCAUCAUCGCCCGUGACGCCGAGGAACGAACACACUAGCUCCCUGAACGAUUGGGGUUUCUGUAUAGUAUAUAUUUCUCUCAUGCAUGCUAUUAUUUGGCGGUUCUGGAUUCUGACGAGGUAUGUAUAGUGUAUAUAUCAUAAUUAUUAAUUACUGCUUGUAUUGUAAUCCCCGGAGUUUAUUUUUUUCUCACCAGGUUUUCUGUCUAGCUAGGUUUGGAGCGCAAGAAUUUCAGAGUUUUAUAUUGGUCUACAACAUCAAAAUUUGUACAAAAUCUCGCUUGGAGAUUAUCUCGUACAAAACUUCAAAUAUAGUUCCAGGAGAGGUCGAUCGAGGAGGUAUAUAUGCUACAACUGACCUGGAAAAGUCAUUCGUCAUGGCGUCUUAUUAGUUUU